CAAAAGUCAACAAAUACUGUAAACAUUUUCCCGCUUUCUUUACAUUUUAUUAAAAUUAGUUUAACUUUUGAAGAAAAACAUGCAAAUAAACGAUGUACAAGCAUUUAUUAAUCAACAAAUGGGACUAUCAUUUUGGAAACAUUGUGAUGUUCCAAUAAAAAGACUUAGAUGUACAAAGCGUCAUUCUUAUUCACAGUUACUUCCUCAGAUUAAUCAAGAUGAGUUUUAUAGAGAUACACCUAUAUUUACUUGCAAAUUUAGUCCGAAAGAAGGCAAUGAGCAUAUUUUAGCAUUAGCUAAUGAAGAUGGAAAGUUAGCAAUACAUGAUAGCUCUACAGAUUUCAGGUAUGGUAUCCAAGCACAUAAUAAUGCUAUAUUUGACUUGGCAUGGAUGUUUGACAAAAUGAAGUUAGUCACAGCUUCUGGGGACCACACAACAAAAAUGUAUGACAUAGGUGAUGGCGAUAUAGUGCAAGAAAGAGUUUUUUGUGGUCAUUCACGAUCUGUCAAAACAAUAGCUUUUAGGAAAGACGAUUCCAGUGUUUUUGCAACAGGUGGAAGAGAUGGAAACAUAAUUCUCUGGGAUACCAGAAUGAACACAAGCAGUUUUGUUGGUAAAGCUGAUAGCAUAAUAAGCAAUUCCCAUGUUUCAAAAAUUUUCACACCAAGUAAAUCAAGGAAAAAAUUCAAUACUCCUACGAAUUCUGGUAUAAAAUCUGUAACUGGACUUGUAUUUCAAGAAAACAAUACACUCAUUUCAUGUGGUGCAGGUGAUGGAGCAAUAAAAAUAUGGGAUCUCAGAAAGCAUUACAAUAAUUAUAAAAAAGAAGCUUUACCAAAGAAUACAAUACCAUAUCCUGGGGUGACUAGUAAAAAUGGUUAUAGCAGCCUUCUCCUUGACAAUGAUGGCAUUAAAUUGUAUGCAAACUGUUUAGACAAUAUCAUUUACUGUUAUAAUGUUGGUACAUAUAAUUAUGAACCAGUUAUGCAGUAUACAGGUCAUCAAAACAGUACAUUCUAUGUUAAAUCAUCACUUUGUAAAGAUGGUAAAUAUUUAAUAAGUGGUAGUAGUGAUGAAAAUGCCUAUAUUUGGGAUACUCAACUAUCAGAACCUUUGGUAAAACUCACAGGUCAUACUGCAGAAGUCACAUGUGUGGCUUGGUGCAACAAAAAUAUGCUGCUUGUCACUUGCUCAGAUGAUAUGACACAUAAGAUAUGGACUAUCGGAUCUGGGGAAUUACCUGAAGAUUGGGAAGUGAAUGGUAGGGGACUUGCAGAAGUAAUACCUAUCAAAAAUAGACCUAGAACAUUAAAAAGAUAUAUCCCAUUGGAAUUAGAUUUUACACCUAAAAAAGCUUUUACAGAAUGCCAGAAAUGCAAUAAUGCCACUUCUACAAGAUUCUGUGAAAAUUGUGGUAAGAACUUUUCCAAAAGGAAGAAUUCUUGUGAACUGGAAAGCGCCAAUAAAAUUAUACAAACUGAUUUCGGACCAAGGAGACUAUUUGCUAAUAUGAAUAAUCCUGUACAAACAGACAAAAUUGAAAUUUUAGCUAAUUAUUUAGAGGGCGAAAAAAUUUUGAUGUCAUUUGAAGAUUAUGAGCCUCCCAGGAAGAUGUCUAAGCUAACAGAAGAGGUUAGCUUAGGCAGUAACACAAAUAUUCAAGAAAUGAAUCCUACAUCUAGUUCUGAUUGUGAUGAUGAACCUCCAAUGAAAUUUUCAAAAUUAGAAAUUACUCCUACUAAAGGAAGAAAGCCCGACAUAUCCUCACCAACAAUAAACCUUCCCAAUUAUGUCCUAGAUGGAACAGCUCCUCACUUAACCUAUUCUCCUCCAAAGAAAAAAUGUCAGGAUUGGCUGACGAGGAUUAGAGUUGAAAAAUUACUCCGUGCAGAGUAUGAAAAGACUGAGGGUGUUGGUACACCCAAACAACCUAGAUUUGAAUCUUUACCUAGAAAAAAGUUUAUAACACCAAGAAGUCCCAUAUUGAAAUACUUCAAAGUUACAAACAGCCCACACAAAUGUGAUGGAACAUGUUCCAAACAUCAAAAUUGUGUGGGGAAUUUUAAUUCUGGUUUAGAAACAAAGUGACAAUUUUAUAGAAAUAUUUCCAAUUUGUGUAUUUUUAUUGAUUUUACGCCCACGUGCUUGAUUGUUACAGAUUAGGAUUUCAUUUUUUGGAAAAAUGAUUUUCUAAAUAAGUUACACCAAUUUCCUUUUUGCAUUUAUUUUACACAGUUGUAAGGUGUGCUUAAUUUAAUAUUAUGUAUCCAGUGUGUUCGAAAUGCUAAAUUGUAUGAGAUAACUUAAUAAAACAAAAUCUAUGAAAAUUAUUCAAAAAAGCACAUUUGAAACGUUCCCCAAAAUUUUGUAUUUAUUGUUUUUUAUUUAAAUGACAGAUCUGUACA